UCUCUGGACGUUUGUUUAACGCAGCUGUACGGACGCUAAACUUCAUUUCAUCCUGACGGAGGCAGUAAAACGGAUUAACACUAAAGGAAUUUUGCAAACCAGGUCAAAUUUCUUCUUACACGAAGUAUUUCUGUUUCCUGAGAGCUGCUUUUGGCGACUCUUCGCAGCGUACAAACAUGUACCGCGUGCGGGCAUUGACUGCAGUCUCCAUUGGGAUGGUGCAGUGGUCACGUCGUGUUCACAGCAGCACUGUGCGCUUUCCUCAGCGACGUCGGCUGCUGCUGGCCGCUCUGGCAGGAGUCACGGGCACGGCGGCCGCUACAGGACUGCUCUGGACAAGGGCUUAUGCAGAGGCGGGCUCAUCUGUCAAGCUGGAGGAAAAGCUGCGUGAGGAGGAGACUCUGAAAGAUGUGGAUUCUGAUAGUGUGGUGGAGUCCAACAGCAGUGAUGAGGAAGCAGAGGAGGGUGAUGGUUCAGAGAGCAAGAAGAAGAAACAGAGAGUAGGCUUCCGUGAUCGCAAGGUAAUGGAGUAUGAGAACCGUAUCAGAGCGUACUCCACCCCUGAUAAGAUCUUCCGCUACUUUGCCACACUGAAGAUCAUCAGCGAGAAUGGAGAUCCUGAGGUGUACAUGACACCGCAGGACUUUAUCCGCUCCAUUACACCCAACGAGAAGCAGCCAGAGAGCUUGGGUCUGGAUCAGUACGUAGUGAAGCGCUAUGAUGGAAAGAAAAUUUCUCAAGAGCGAGAGAAGUUUGCAGACGAGGACAGCAUCUUCUACACGCUCGGAGAGUGCGGCCUCAUCUCCUUCUCAGACUACAUAUUCCUCACGACCGUCCUCUCUACUCCUCAGAGGAACUUUGAAAUUGCCUUCAAGAUGUUUGACUUAAAUGGGGAUGGUGAGGUGGACCUGGAGGAGUUUGAGCAGGUGCAGAGCAUAAUCCGUUCUCAGACCAGCAUGGGCAUGAGGCACAGGGAUCGCUCUACCACCGGGAACACACUGAGAACAACGGGCUGCAGCUCAGCUCUUACCACCUACUUCUUUGGGGCUGAUCUGAAGGGCAAACUUACCAUCGGCAGCUUCCUGGAGUUCCAGAGGAAACUGCAGCAUGACGUGCUUAAGCUGGAGUUUGAAAGGAAUGACCCUGUGGAUGGAAGAAUUACGGAGAGGCAGUUCGGGGGUAUGCUGCUGGCAUACAGUGGAGUUCAGUCACGCAAACUCAAGCAGAUGCAGAAAGGCCUGAAGAAGAUGUUUAAAGAUGCUCAGGGAAUCACGUUCGAGGAGGUGGAGAACUUCUUUACAUUUCUGAAGAAUGUGAAUGAUGUUGACACCGCGUUAAGUUUCUACCACAUGGCAGGUGCCUCCAUAGACAAAGCCACAAUGAAGCAAGUGGCUCGCACUGUAGCCAAGGUGGAACUGUCGGACCAUGUGUGUGACGUGGUGUUUGCCUUGUUUGAUUGUGAUGGUAACGGUGAGCUGAGCAAUAAGGAGUUCAUAUCCAUCAUGAAGCAGAGGCUGAUGCGGGGACUUGAGAAGCCCAAGGAUAUGGGUUUUACCCGGCUGGUGCGUGCCAUGUGGAAGUGUGCCCAGGACACAGCGUGGGACUUCGCCAUGCCCAAACAGCAGUAGAUGAGAGAGGGAAAGGUAGAAAGUAUAGGGUGAGUGAGAAAGCAAGAGUAAGAGAGAGUGAGUGAUAGGAUAAUGAUGUCUGCGUGGGCAGCUUCCUUUUGCAGCCAACUAAAUUAAGCAAUGAACUCUUUGUGAUGGCUCAUCUGAUAAGUGUAAUAAAUCGUACAGCAUUACUGGCCUCUACUGCUGCAUGAGGUAACUGCUGCAGUGUGGGUCUCCAGUUUCUACACACUUCCCCCAGUUCUCAAGAACACUCCAUGCUGGAUUUUAAUCCUGAUACAAACAGGCCUAGUUUAAAAGAUCUGCAGGACGUUUUGCAUGCAUUGUGUAUAUAUAUGAUGACGUAUCAUCAGCACUAGUCUAUGCACUGGAGUUAAAAGUGUGUGGCUCAUUGAAACAGCAGAUGGCAUUGCUCUACAAAACCCCUCUCACUGCGUUUACAUUCACCGCUACUGCACAACUAUGAAAAUGCUAAACGACAAGAUUCAGCAUUGUUGUGAUUUUCACCAACAGCUACCACGUUUACUUGUAUGUCUGCACUUAUUAAUAAAUAUUAAUGAGUGACUAAAGCUCCAUAUAUAAAUAUAAAUCAUCACAUUAAACCUUUUUUCAUGAGAAA